CUGAUGCUGCUACGAUAGUAUUUUACUCUACCUAUUACCAUACCGAACAGUCUAUCUGGUCAACGAGCAAGACGUUAUGGACGGGGACGAGCUCGACCAGGCGAAGUGGGACCAAUGGUCGCGCCUGCUCGCGGGCCUCGCGGGGCAGAUUGGCGGCAGCAAGCGCGACGAUGGCGUCAUGCAGCGCCUGUAUGAGUUGGCAGUGGAGCUGAGGGACAAACUGCGAUACAGCCAAGGGCGCCUGCGCACCGUGAAGCAGGAGCUGGCGGUGACCUCCGCCGCCGCUCGCUCCGAGCGCCAGGAGUCGCUGGCGCGGCUUCGGGAGCUGGAGACGGAGGUGGCACGGCUAGCCGGCGCGGUCCAGUCUCAGGGCAGCACGCUGGCUGCGCGCGAGACGGUGGCCACCGCCACGGCCGCGGAGAACGAGCAGCUGCGGCGGCACGUGGCGGCGCUGGAGAAGCAGCUGCAGCGGACGGAGGAGGACAGGCUGGUGACCAUCAAUGAGCGCAACGAGGCGCUGCGCCACCUGGACAAGAUGACGCAGCUGCUGGAGGACUCGGAGACGCGCGCGGCCACGGCGCAGGCGGAGCACAGCGGCCUCCUCAGCGAGCUGGUGGCCACCAAGGGCCGGCUGGCGGACAUGUCGGCUCUGGAGACGUUGUACGGCGCGGCGCGGGACGAGCUGGGGCGGCUGGACAAGGAGAACCUGGAGCUCAAGGACAUGGUGGCGGGCAGCAGCGCGGUGCUGGGCAGGAGCAGGAUCCUGGAGGCUCUGGGCAUUCCGGACAGCUCCGACGUGUUCGUGUCAACCCGGGGGCACGGCAGCGGGCGGCGCGGCAGCACCGGCCGCAGCCGCAGUGCGCCGCGCACUCGGCGCCUGUCCGCCUCCGCCUCGCCCGCUGUAGGCGCCAUCACGGCAAGUACGCGCGGUGCCUUCGUGCCGGAGCUGGUGCCCAUGUCCGCGGACGUGUACCGCAGCAGCGGCGGCAGGACCCUGGCGCGGCCGCUGUCGCCAGGCCGCGGCGUGGCUCGCUCGCCGGGUGCUGCUGGCGGCGGCGGCGGCGGUGGGCUGCUGGGCUCCUACCGCGGCGGCUCACACAUGUUGGAGGACCCGGUCAGCGACAUGGCCUUCCUGGGCCCCCCCUCCUCCGCCUACCCGCCCGACCCGGAGAACUACGUCUUCUACCGGGUGGGCGGCGGGUACGCCUCCAAGAUCGACCCGCUUCAGCCGGUGGUACCCCAGCCCCGCGCCUCGGGCUGGGUGCCCAAGGACGUGGUGCGCCUGGUGCAGGCCUUCCGCCACAGCUACGGGCUGUCUUUGGAGUGGCGGUUCUGGGAGCCGCUGGUGCUAAUGAUCGACGAGGUGUACCGCAGUCGCGCGGACGGCACUCUGGCAGCCAUGCGGGCGGCGCAGCGGGACAAACUCAAGACCAUGAAGCGGCAGCUGCGCUCCGCGCUGGGCUACCCCAGCGCCCUGGCCAAUGGCAAGAUCAGCCACCUGCAGCGGCAGCUCACCAACGCGCGCAAGACACUGGCGGCCGGGGACCGCAAGGGCGACGUGACUCUGAAGCAGAUGGCGGUCAAGGACUACCACCUGGGCUUCCAGCUGGACAGGGCUGUGGAGGAGAACCACGCGCUGCGCCGCUCCCUGGAGGAGCUGGAGGACCUGUACACGUCAGCACUCAGCCCAGGGGGGGCGCGAGGAGGAGGAACGGGAGGAGGAGGAGGAGGAGCGGGAGGGGCAGGUCCGGGCGGCAGCCCCGCAGCUGCGCAGCAGCCGCACCCGCACCCGCACCCGCACUCGGCCGGCGUCAGCCGCGGCGGCGCCAGCCAUGCCACCACCGCUUACCCGAGCGCCGGCGGCGCCAGCGCGGCGGCAUACUCACGUGGCGGCGGCGGCGGGGGCGGCGGCGGCGGCGGGGGCGGCGGCGGCGGCGAGGCGGCGGGCCCCUCCGCGGGCGGCGCCAGCGCGCACUCCUCCUCCUAUGCCUACGUCAGCCCUCGCGGCCUGUCACCGCACCACCACGCGCUGCUGUACCCGGCGCAGCACCAGGGGCAGCAGCAGCAGCAGCAGGCCUACCAGGCAGCCAUGGGGCGCGCGGCGGCGGCGGCGCUGGCGUCCGGCGGCGGCGGUAACGGUAACGGUCAUGGUCACGGUGCGGGGUACGGCUACGGCGGCCACGGCGGGGAGGACGCGGGCUCGAUGGGGGGUGGCGGCGGGAACGGGAGCGUGUCGGAGGGGGCCUACUCGCGGCACACCAGCAUGGGCUCGGCGGCGCACGCGGCGGAGGUGUACGGCCACGGCGGGGGCGUGAGCCACGGCGGCGUGUCGGCAUCGCCGCACGUGUGAGGGGGCGUGGGGGAGGGGGGUUUAACUUUGAACCACUCCCGUAAGGAAACAGUCGCGCUGCGGGGGAGGGGGAGGGGGAGGGGAAGGGAGGGAUGGACACGGAUGGUGAGGAGGGGCCGGGCCGGUGGUGGUCAAGGGGGAGAGGGCGGACGGCGGGGCUGCGGAGGUGCCGCAAAAGUAGGACGGGGCUGGGAUGCGUUAGGGUUCGAAGGCACCAGGCGGGUGCUUGGGUGUGUAGGGGAGCUGACACCGUGAGGUGUCGCGGGUUGGGUUAGGACUGGGGACGAACAUGCGUGCGAGCUGGACGGUACCAUAUGUGUGAUCGUGGGGUUGAACUUGUGGUGCGUGUGUUUGGAGAUGCAAUGGGUUCGGCCCUGUGUGUGUGCGUGUGCGGCGAGGGACGCAAUUGUGCGGUAGGAGGCCCGCCUGCCUGGACUGGGACGUGCAAUGCAUCCGGAGUGGCCCCCUUUGCUGUCGGCUUGCGGUGACAGGCGACAGCAGCGCCCACGCCUCUGGAACACGAGGCUUGUUGCCGGGCUGGUCGUCUUGAGGGAUGGGGUGUGACACGGUCAGACGGACUUGACUGAACGGUGACCUGAUCUAAACCCGAUAAUAGGCGUAGUUGACGCAGGACUUACUGUUGUUCUCAUGUGAUGUUCCCGUGUGCAACCGGAUUUUGUAUGAAGCCAUACAAUGUUGCUGCCGCCCGAUGCACGGGUGUGCAACCUCCCCUGGGUCUGAGUGUCGGCGUGUGGCUGCAAGGCCGCUGCGGAGUGAAUAUCGUGUGCAUGUACUGUGUCGAGCUGCCGCGCUGCUGCUGGCUUACGCAUCCCUGGUUCUGCACCGUCUGAUAAGGUCGUGGGUCGGGAAUGGGUCUGCGCCGUCGGAUGCUUUUGUGAUAGCGAUCCGGCAGGCGGCAGCAGUAGUGGUGGGGUACCGUAGUGAUCCUGAUGGGCUCUGGAUGCCCGCGGUGUAACAUGCGCUCAAC